UCACAUCAGAUGUUAAUACACCAUUAACCGCUUUGAAGAAUGGUGUGAUCUGCCACUGCUUUGCUCCCCUAUUGUUGGGGUCAACCUGAUAUGCGUCCAAGUUUGACUUCAGUGUGUCUUUAUAGUUUGUGCACUAGCCACCAGGAAAACAGAUAUCCGUCGCUCAUCAGUAAGGGAACGUGUUCCAAUUUAUGUUGUUCCUGAUCCACAUAUCCAUCGUUCACAAGGAUUGGUACCAAUGUUAAUUGGAACAUGAUCUCCUAUUAUACAGUAGUGGCGUCCGCUGGCCACGUUCAAGGCUUAUUACCUACAGAAGACGUUCUCCAUGCUGAUUAAGGAGAUGGGACGUGAAGAAAAGCCCAGUGUAAAGAGUUUUGAUAGUCUUACAGCAUCUUGAAUGGUAUGGAAAACAUUGACGCGUUGUGGGAAGAGGUCACUGUGCAAUGGAUGAAUGGCGUUUGGCGCUGUGCAUGGCCAGAUGCGGCCCACAGCUUCGUGGGGUUUGAUGCCGUUCUUGCUCUCGAGCAAGAAAUUGUCAGGUUGGCGAAGGAUGUCGGCUUUGAGGAGGAGGAUGUACAGGAGUUGUUGGAGUCUCAUGCUGAGCAACUGACAAAUGAAAGACUGAUUGAGCUGGACCAACAAUGGAUAUCCGAAGAAAGGAAGGACAAUGAUGGUGAUGACAUCAGGCAGGAAGCCAGGAGUCUGACCAAGAAUCUCUCCUGUUCCCUUGGAUUGCUGGAUGAGAUGAUGGAAAUCAUAGAAAACAGUGAUCCUUUUUGUGAACAGUCUGCCAAAGUCUCCAGGACUCUCGAUGCAGUGGCUUGCUACAGGGAGAUCUAUCGUUCAAAGAUUCAUGAAGGAGAACAGACAUCGGCAAAAUCCUUUUUAAAGUCUUCAGUCAAAAAGCCAGCCACAGAAAACCCAGCCACCACCCCUCCCUAAAAUUAGCAUAAUUGACAUUUUUAUCCUGUAUUACUAUACUGUUUUUACUGUAUUAAAAUGGUCUGUGUUUGAACAGUAGGGUUCUACAUUAUUUUAUUCAAUGUUUUAUGUGUAAAAUGUGUACUGUAUAACCUGUCAUUGUAAAAAGGUACACUGUUUAGGUGAAAACAGCUUUGUCAUAGGCGAGUGUGGUGAAGUUAUGAAUGCAUCCCCCCUCACCUCUUAUUCCAUUAUUUCUUAUGGGGAAAGAUUCCCCUGUAUACGGUGUUUCGGUAUCCAUCACCCUUUUCAAGAACACAACCCCAGUGUCUACAGGGGACCCUCUGUAAUUGAAAAAUAUAAACUUGCCGUAUAGGUCUGGGGCAUCCAGCUAA